AUGACUUGUUUUGAGGAUCUUUCAGGUGAAAUUCUAAUGGUUAUAUUUGAAUAUAUGGAUGUUGAAGAUAUUUGGACAAUAUUUUUUAAUAUGAAUACAAGAUUUAAUACACUUGUAUUUGAUUCUCGUUUACGUUUAACAGCUAAUAUAUCACAAAUUGAUAAAACGAAAUUUGAUCAAUUUUGUUUAUCAUUAUUGCAAACAAAUUGUAAUAAUAUAUAUACAUUAAUAUUAUCGAAUAAUUAUUAUCGUUAUCCACAAAUUCAACAAUUUUUAUUUUAUACAAAUUUUAGUUAUUUUCAAUCAUUAUAUUCAUUAAUAUUAAUUGAUAUUAAUUAUGAUGAAUUAAUCAAAAUAACAAAACAAAUAAAACAAUUAACUAAUUUAAAUCAUUUACAUAUAAAUACACAUGAAAUUUUUCGUGAUAAACAAUUAAUGAAUGUUACACAAGCAUUAUUUAAUCAACCAAAUAUACGUGUUUUAGGACUUGAUUUUCAUGAAGUAAAUUAUUUUAAAAUUCGUUAG